ACACGUUGCAGUUUUGACAGAUAAUAGAACAGUUUUUUCUGUAAUCCGUGGGACGCUGUGGAUUUUCUCUCUUGCCGUAACCGGCUGUGGCACGAUCCGGAUCAUUUGUGACCAAUCCGUUGUACACACUAAUCUGUCUAGUAAAAUGCAGGAACUAACGGAACGCAUUCUCCAGUUCAUCGAACAGCAUGGCGAUGUGGAUACCUUGGAUUUGGUACCGGUGUUCGGUGAAGAUCAUCAGAAAAUAGUCGGUGCGGUUAAGAGUAUCGAAUCAACGGUAGCGGAUGUGAUCAACACAACGCAGGCUACAAGAAAGACCUGGGAACUGACCGAAGAGGGCAAGUAUAUACUAGCGAACGGAAGCCACGAAGCGGCAAUCUACGAGGCUGUUCCUGAGCAGGGAAUUGCCCAAGCGGAGCUGAUGAAGAGUUCUCCUAAUGCAAAAGUCGGUUUCAGCAAAGCCAUGUCCAAUGGAUGGAUUAUGAUGGAUAAGUCAGGCGGGGCACCUGUAAUCAAGCGGAAGGUUACUGAAAUCAAGGAUCUGGUGAGAGAUCAUUUGAAAGCCGUGGCUAGUGGGCGAGACGAACUGCCGGAUAAUGUUAAGGCCGAGUAUAAGAAACGGAAAAUUUUGACCGAAACGGUUAUCAAGAGUUUUGUGCUGUCCAAGGGACUGCAGUUUUCCACGAGUUUGACGAAAUUGGAAACGGACUUGACGGUGGAAAUGCUAGCGUCUGGAAUCUGGAAGGAUCUUAAGUUUAAACCGUAUAACUUUGAUGCUCUUGGUGUUCCACCGGAACGGGGACAACUGCACCCGUUGAUGAAGGUUCGAUCGGAGUUCCGACAAAUUUUCCUGGAAAUGGGAUUUUCCGAAAUGCCAACGAACAAUUUUGUCGAGUCCAGUUUCUGGAAUUUUGACGCUCUGUAUGUUCCUCAACAACACCCUGCUCGAGAUCAGCAGGAUACUUUUUUCGUAUCGAAUCCUCAGUUGAGUCACAAAUUCCCACUUUCACUGUUGGACGCUGUGAAAGAGUCUCACGAAUCAGGUACGGAUGGAUCGAUCGGGUACCGUUAUAAAUGGAAGUUGGAAGAAGCGCAAAAGAACGUGCUUAGGACCCACACUACGGGAGUGAGCGCAAGAAUGCUGUACAAGAUUGCCCACCAAGCCGGAGGCUUUAAACCAGUCAAGUAUUUCAGUAUCGACAAAGUGUUCCGCAAUGAAACUCUAGAUGCCACCCAUUUGGCUGAGUUUCAUCAAGUCGAGGGUGUCGUCGCUGACUACGGAAUAACGUUGGGCGAUUUGAUCGGGACUUUCAAUGCCUUUUUCAACAAGCUUGGCAUCACCGAGCUUGAGUACAAGCCAACCUUCAACCCGUACACGGAACCGUCGAUGGAGAUUUUCUGCUUCCACCCGGGACUGGAGCGGUGGAUCGAAGUCGGCAACUCGGGUGUCUUCCGACCGGAAAUGCUGCGACCUCUGGGCGUUCCGGUCGGGGUGAACGUUAUCGCCUGGGGUCUCUCGCUGGAGCGACCCACCAUGAUCAAGUAUGGCCUUAACAAUAUUCGGGACCUGAUCGGCCCGAAGGUGGACCUGAAGAUGGUGCAGGAGGGACCGAUCUGUCGGAUGAAUCGUUGAGAAAGUAUUGGUAGACGUGUUGGUUCGGGGGAUGACGAAAUAUAUCGCUCUGAAAAAAUGA